AUGCAGUUUAUGUUGCUUUUUAGUCGCCAGGGGAAACUGAGACUCCAGAAGUGGUAUGUCCCAUUAUCUGACAAAGAAAAGAAGAAAAUCACAAGGGAACUUGUUCAAACAGUAUUAGCCCGCAAACCGAAAAUGUGCAGCUUCCUGGAAUGGAGAGACCUGAAGAUUGUCUACAAAAGAUAUGCAAGUCUCUAUUUCUGCUGUGCUAUUGAAGAUCAGGACAAUGAACUAAUAACUCUGGAAAUAAUUCAUCGCUAUGUAGAACUUCUUGACAAGUAUUUUGGCAGUGUCUGUGAACUUGAUAUUAUCUUCAAUUUUGAAAAAGCCUAUUUCAUUCUGGAUGAGUUCCUUUUAGGAGGGGAAGUUCAGGAGACAUCCAAGAAAAAUGUUCUUAAAGCCAUUGAACAAGCAGAUCUUUUACAGGAGCCACGCCAUGAAUACUUUAAUGUACCAGUGUACUAAAUGGCUUCAUUCAUCAUGCAUGCAGAAUUUCAGAGGAGAUAGACCUGUGACUUACUCAUGACAGAACAUUAUCAUCAGAUUGCUGAAUCCAGUCAUCCUGAAUCUAAUAGAAUGCCACAAUCAUUCUCUGCUGUUGUACUUUCCUCUUCCCCCUCUGUUUUACAGUGUUGUCUCUUCACAUGUCUCGUUUCAACAAAACUUGUGCUUGUUGGCGUAUGGUUUAACUUUUUUAUUGUGUGUAACCUUGAAGUCUUAUGCUUAAAAGUUCUGUAGCAUUUUCUGAGCUAAACAUCUAUAUACUGCAACACCUAUUCUGUAACAUUACUCAAGCCACUUUUAUCUUUUAAAUAGGUUGUGGUGGUAUUUAAACAUAUGCUUAAAGUCUGUAGCUGAAGUUAAGACUUACAGAGAAAGUAGUGAAGGAGAAGUAUCAUGUGAAAUGUGUGUACACACAAGUAUUAAAUGAUGCUGAAUGAAAUUCUAUGUAGACCAUGCAUCUUAAUUAAAGGUGCAAAAACACUAUCCCUUUCUGAAGACUGGCACAAUGGUGUGACUGACCUUACAAAAAAGAGGGACCCAGAAUUGAUUAGGUCAAAGAGAAUGAUGGGUAAAUCUGAAAUUAAAACACUUGUAUUUAAAUGUGCAGUACACUCUUGUGAGUAAUUUAACAGUUACUGCCACUGAGAAUAAUAUCAUUGCUUUACAAAUGAAUAAUGGAGUCAUAGAAUCAUUAAGGUUGGAAAAGACUUCUAAGCUUAUUGAGUCCAACCAUUAAUGGUUAGGGUUGGAAAGAUCUAAGUCCAUUAACAGUAUGCUUGCAAUAUGCCUUCUUAAAUUGGCAUUUCCAGUUCUAAAUGCUGGCUGCCUUGUGUAUUGGAGAACUGCCAUGAGGGUGAAUAUAAGUGCUUUCAGUUGAAAAGUGGGCAGAGUGAGAGGGCAUGUAAUGCAUCCUGUUUGUAACCUAAAACCAGUGGUGAUUCUGAAAAUUGUUUCCAUGAAUUAUCAAGGAGGUAGUUACUAAAACAAACCACAAACAAGCUAGUUCCAUGUUCUAUGUGUGGUAAUGCACUACUUUCCAAAUGU